AUGUGUCCCAAGGAUUACACUAUAAAUCUAGUUUUAAGAAAACACGUAAUAGAGGAAACACUGCAAGCCUUCUUUCAUACAAUAUUAUUGCAUCGGACAUUUCCAACCCUUAGCUUUAAGGACGGUGCUGUCAGUUACACGUCCUACAUUGGCGUUGAGGAUGUGGAUUGUAAAAAUUUUGACCUAACAUAUGUCAGAGUAGCAUCGGAGAGAUUACAUGAACGAAUUGCCAUACACAUAGCAUCGUUUUCAAAGGCUCUUUGUGAUGAAUCAGAUGAUGGAUUGAAUAAGACCGUGAAGGGGACAAUUACUUUGGCUUUUGUAACUAACCGAAAAGGCAGUUGGGUUCUCGGCUCGGAAUCAGCAUCAUGGGAAAGAUGGAUAUUUAACAUUGAAGCAAGUCCCGAUAUUUCAGACGAUAGCUACCGAUCAAAGAUAGCAUCCCAAGCUAAGGGAGAAAUCCUCUACAUCCUGGAUUGUAUCAAUACAUCUGAAAGCUUUCUGCCCGAAUUGGGAAGCUCACAAUCCGAGUGUGAUAUCGUUAUCGAUUUCUCUCUCCCUGAAGUCUCCCCAUAUCGAUUCAAUAUUAACUAUUUCUUAGGAUCCACUCAAAACAAUCCCUCAAAUGUCCGCCGAUAUUAA